AUGAACGCCUACAAGCCGCUCGACGACGACAAGAUCUACGUCAACCAGAAGAUCCCCGGCACAGAUGGACAACUACGGCCCGAUUACACCAUCAUCAACGACCGCCUCAAGACCAUCACCAUCAUCGAUGUGACGAUGCCGUUCGAGAAUGGGGAUGUGUCGAUCUUCGAAGAUGCACGCCGUGAGAAGGAGCGCAAGUACCUGCCCAUCCUCGACAAGUACUCCACCGACGGCUACGACACGUUCCUGGGCGCAUGGAUGGUCGGACCACUCGGAGGAUGGGACGCCGCGAACAACGACAUCCAACGAAGGCUGAAGAUCUCCGUCAAGUAUGGCCAGCUGAUGCGUCUUCUGAUGGUCGCCGACUCGAUUCGCUGGAGCAGGGACAUCUACGUGGAACAUGUGACGGGCCAACGCCAAUACAAGCUCGACGACCCCCAA